UAAAUACAGUCAUUGGACUCAUCCAGCCAGAGGUUCGUAGAGCAUCAUCUUCGGACAGCAUGAAGACGCUCCUGCUCACCUGCGUUCUGCUGCCGUGGCUGCUGGUGGCUUCAGCCAGGAGGUCCGAGGACCAGCAGCUGAUAUCCGGAGCUCUGACCGGCCGGCAGCUCAGUGGAUACUUCACUGACCAUUUGAAAUCCAGGAGAGCCAGGAGGGCGCUGCCUCCUGCUGAUGAACCUGAUGACAGCCCAAUCUCAGAGGGAGGAGAUGCCUCCGAUCUUCCCACAUGUCUGCUUUGUGUUUGUCUGACUGGGUCGGUGUACUGUGAGGAGGUCAGUCCAGACAUGACCAGUGUUCCCACUCUGCCUAAAGAAACCGCCUACCUGUACGCCCGCUUCAACAAGAUCAAAAAGAUCAGCACCAAAGACUUUGCAAACACUCUGACUCUGAAGAGGAUUGACCUGACAGGGAACAUGAUCUCAGAGAUUGAAGACGGAGCGUUCUCAAAGCUAAGCCUGCUGGAGGAACUAUCUUUGGCCGAGAACAGACUGGUCAAACUUCCGAUGCUUCCUACCAAACUCACAUCCUUCAACGCCAACUACAACCUCCUCAAAACCAAGGGUGUCAAGGCCAAUGCUUUCAAGAAACUAACCAAGCUGAUGAACCUGUUUCUGGCCGACAACCAGCUGGAAGCAGUUCCACACAUCCCAGAGAGUGUUCGCAUUCUACACCUACAGAACAACAACAUCACUGACGUCAACAUAGACACCUUCUGCAGGUCCAAUGACACCUACUAUCUACGGCCAAGCCUCAGUGAGGUCCGUAUGGACGGCAACCCGGUGGUGCUGUCCAAGUACCCCGACAGCUUCACCUGUAUGAAAGUCCUGCCUGUCGGACGGUACCGCUGAGGAGGCAGAACUUUACUGUAGCCCAUUUGUUGCUGAUGGAGCAGAUUUCCCACAAAGGAGAGAUGGGGGAUGCCAUGACGUUCUGGAUUUUGGGGAGCUGGUCCCACGGUGGGGAUAAAGGCAUUUUAACUUCAGCAAACCAACCAACAGCUUGUUUCACUGUCAGGUCGAAAUGAAACCAUUCACUGGACUGAAGGUGUAGAACUGAAAGUGUUUCUCAACUCAUGUAAGGGCUUUUUACUUUUACUGCCUACCAGAGAGGAGCAGGCUGUAAACUGGGGAUGUUCUGAGCUGAUGUUAAAGCUCAAAAUCAGGGUCAAUCAAGGUAAUUUUAAACUGGUUGCAUGAACCUAAACCUGAUCCUUUAAUUACAUCCACCAUCGUACAAGUGUUAAAGUAGCGCACAACUUGAGCUCUGUCAGCAGGUCAUUAACCUCCACAGAAGUCUUUGUCAUGGUGCCCAUUGCUAGCUAAACCCCCACUACGCUCUCAGCCUGUAGUUUGAGUGACACCCCCUCUGGCAGCUACAGCACCAAACAGUAAGAAGCUCCCCCUGGUGGAACAACCAGGUGCUACAGCUGAUCUAUGAUACGUUUACUAGCAAAAAAAAACUUGAUCAGAACAUCUCCAGUUUAAAUGUUUAACAUGAGUUGUUGAGCAUCACACUCACAUAAUUUGAUGUAAAACUACUUGAGAAGACAUGAGAAGGUCUCAGUAUGUUUGAAACAAACUCGUCUGUCAAACUGUGUCUAAAAUCAGAAUAUGAUGACAAACACUUUGCCAUACAUCGCCAUUCACAGUCAACAAAAACACAACCUUUGACUCCAUCAACACUAAAGGCAUCAGCUCUGGGACUGUAACUAACGAACAAACUGCUGGUACAGCUAAUGCAACCCCUUGAAUGAGUGGAGCAGUGCAACACCUCGACUCCAACUGUCCAGUUUAUUGUUUCAUUUUGACCUGACACUUAUACCUGGAUGAACGAAAGAAAAUGCCUGUGACCUCGAACCAACACAAACACUCACCUGCAGCCACCAGUCAGCUGAGGGCUGUACUAUGAAGCAAGUUCAACACAGUAAAUUCAAUGCAGCCACUUAUUUCUAAUAUAACAUCUGCACUUUAAACAUCAGGAAGUCCAUUCAGGUGCGGCACCGUACUUUAGCUUUUGGCCAAAUCAAGGUAAAAUAAAUGAUACUGCUUGAAUAGACAUAUAUUUAUGUAUUUUCUGCAUUGACAGCUGAAAGUAUAUAGAAUUUCCUUGCAAAGCAAUGCAUACAUUUUGUUAUACUGUACCUGCAUGGCUGUGUUGAAUGGGAUUACUGAGGUACAACUAAAGGCGCUUUUCCAAUAGCAUCUACUCGACGCGGUUUAGGUCGUUUUCCGUAACAGUUGAGUACCACCUCAUCACAGGUGGAGUCGUCAUAGCACGGCGGCAAAACGUGAGAAACAACAAGCACAAAAUACACUGAGCUUUUUCAGCUUCUCCCGACACCUGCUUCAUUGUCCUACUGUAUCUGUGGGCGGCCAGCCGCUCAGAGACCUCCUGAUGAACUUUCUCAUUGCAAGCCGCAUCGUCCAAAUCCCUGUGUUUUCUUUGGUCCGCCACCGAAGACAGGAAAGUCUCGACCUCUUCAUUCGCCCACGGUACAGGUCAAAUUUUGCCAAGUUCUGUGAAGAGCAAUGGGGAUCAUCGCUGUUGUCCUUUUUUUUUUUUUUUUUUUUUUUUUUUAAAUGCUGGGUUUGGUUUUCGUGAAGGAGUUGCUCUCGUGUGUCGUCACUCCCUGUCCAAUCAGUGGCCUGUAGACGUCAAAUUACCGGCCAAGUAGGCACUAAAAUAGGUACUCAUGGAAAAGCGCCAUAUGGAGAUGGAAUCUGCAUCACUCAGAGAGAAAAUGGUCCAAACCAAGGUAUCUGUGCAGCUUAGUACAGCCCUCAGGCUUAUUUGUUGUUGCUAUUGGUUUACAACACAACAGCUCCAUGUUUUCUUACUCUUUGUCCAAUGACAGAAACAUCUUGUUACCAUACAGACUGGUUAGUAGCAAAGAAAAAUGUAAUUAUAUCAACUACCAAAAGAUUUAGAAUGGAGUUAAACAAAACUUAUUUUUCUUUGCAGUAAAGGUACAUCCGUCAAUAGGCAUUUAAACUGCCAGUUCCCAGUUUAAUAUUUAACGAUGUCGCAGAAUUAUGCUUCGUUGUAAAUUUUGCAGACUUAAAACUGUAUUAAAUUGAUUUAACUUUUAGGCUGGCUUUGGAGCAAACACAAAACUAAAGAAUCAGACAAUCAAUGCAUCCAUUUCCUACUUCUUUGCAGGCUCGCAGGGGGGAAAACAGACAAUGUUUGAAUAUAUUUUCUAAGUAAAUCCGUCAAAGGGGACAUGUUGUGCAUGUUUCAUACCCAAUAUGUUUAUCUUAGGGCUUGUUUUUGCAUAUUUUUGCAUGAUAUCGAGUAAAACAAAACAAAACAUAUUUACUGUAUCCCUGCCCUCGGGAUUCUGCUGAAAUUCGGCCUCAGUUUCAGCUCUUUUCUACUGAUGACCAUUUUUGUCUUUCUUCACUCAAAACGUCAACUUCUCUGAGCAACUUUAGCAGCAACCUUAGCAACAAAGGCUACAGUCUGUGGAUUUAUGAGUCGCAGGAGACAUUUUUACAUACAAGUUCUGGAUAUUUGGCCUUGUAUAGAAGAUGUCUAAAAUACUAUCAGUCUUUGGGUCGGAAAAUUGCAAAAACGUCUGCCCCUUUUAAUGAUUUUACACAACGAUACUAAGAGAGGAAGAUUUAGGUGGUUUUAACCAAACAAAAAGAAUACUUGAUACCUGCAUGUUGACCUGUAGUCUUAUUUCUUGAGACGUCUUGCUCGUCACAAAGAUCACGGCUAAGUGAAAAGUGCUCGUGUGGCUUUAUGUUACUUUUAAUUAUUCUAUUAAAAUGCCUCCAUAAGGGCAGUGACCAUGUAGAUAUGUCCAGCUGCAGGCUUUCUAAUGUAUGUUGUGAUUUAGCUCCACUUUGUUUUUUAAUUUAUAGACUCCGGUUGAAGAGAACUGGGGAUCAACAUAUCUAUGAACUAUAGUAAUGUGAAAGUUACUCGCCUCUCCUUUCAUCUGCUUUUUACCGUGUCUCGCUUUUGUCUCUAACUCUUCCCUUCCAGUAAUAAAAAUAACUUUAGAGGUUAUUACUGAUGUGAAUAAGACGGUGGUGUACAGGAGGACGUGUAUGUGACAUGGCUAUGUUCGAAGAUAUCUGAAUAAAGUUAAACUUUUUUUUUUUAAUUUAAAA